AAAGAGAAGAGCUAUGAAAAAAAGAUAGAGAAGGUGUAAUCAAAAGACUACAGAGUAGAUGCAGAGCUAACAAAGACAGAGAAGGUAUAAAAUGGGAGAGAGUGCAGAUCAAUGAGAUUUCCAGAGAGAACAGGAAGAGAGAAGAGAGGGGUGGGGGUGAGCAGCUAGAAGCAUCAGCACAGAGAAAAUACGUCAGCCGGACCGACAGCAUCAACCUGGGCAUCCAUACUCUGAGAGGCCUGAAGCAACGGGCCUACACAGGCAGCACACAGCAGGGCACAGGCCUAGCCAACGGCCCACAGGAGGGAGAGAAGACGCCCAGUCCACAGUGUCAGCUGCUGUAGCCAUGAGGACUGCACGGAAGGGGAGCGUGGAGAUGCCUGCAUUUUUCCGGCAGCUGGUGAAGGAGACAGAGAAGAGGGUCAGCUCCUUUUUCAAAGGAGGGGGGCAUGGAGGGGCAGAGCACACAGACGGGGAAAGAGAGGAGGUGAUCCCCAGCCCCUACCUGGACCGUCCCAUCCUGGACAAGUUGACUGAGGAGGGUUGCUCCUGCUGGGGCCUGACCUACGCCCUGUGCAGCAUGCAGGGCUGGAGGGCAAACAUGGAGGACUACCACAACUGUGUGCCUCAGCUGGGCACAGGGCUGGCAGACUGGAGCUUCUUUGCUGUGUUUGACGGGCACGCGGGAAACCAAGUAGCACAGUACGUUUCACAACACCUGCUGGAUCAGGUCCUAGCUACAGGAGGAAUCGGGCCAGAGGACCACCCUGAUCGGGUGAGAGGGAGCUUCACAGAUGGCUUCCUACACACAGACAAACACCUGCUGACUGCAGCCCGCCGUGAGGGCUGGGAGCGGGGUGGCACCACCGUGACCUCCACUCUCAUCUCACCACGAUACAUCUACUUCGCCAACUGUGGAGACUCGCGUGCCAUGCUGUGCCAGGCAGGGCAGGUGUGCUUCUCCACUGAGGACCACAAGCCCUACAGCCCUCUGGAGAGGGAGCGCAUCGAGAGUGCCGGCGGCUCCGUGUCCCUGCAGCGCAUCAACGGCUCCUUGGCCGUGUCCCGAGCCCUGGGGGACUUCAACUACAAGGGGACAGUGAACCGGCCGCCCACCCAACAGAUGGUGUCUCCGGAGCCAGAGGUGUGUGUGGUGGAGCGGUCGCCCGGGGAUGAGUUUCUGGUGCUGGCCUGUGACGGGGUGUGGGACAUGGUCUCCAACGAGGAGCUAUGCGCCUUCAUUCAGAGUCGGCUGCGCGUCUGCACUGACCUCAGAGAUGUCUGUUCCCAGGUCAUUGACCUCUGCCUCUACAAGGGCAGUCUGGACAAUAUCAGUAUCAUCUUGGUCUGCUUCCCUGGCGCCCCCCAGCUCUCAGCAGAAGCAAUACACCAGGAGGCAGAGCUGGAAGACCUGCUGGAGUCCAAAGUGGCAGGUGCAGUGAUGUGGCGGUUGUUGAGUGCAUACUUAUAUUCACCCACUUCAGUUUAUCCAUGAGUUUACAACAGGAUUUACACAGCUAUAGUUAAUUGCCCCUGAGAGAAGGCAUUUUAAUCAUUGUUUUGUUUGUAACUACUGCCCUCUUCCUUCGAUAGAGAUUUAUGAGGAACUGAGUUCUCAGGGGGAGGAGCCUGACCUGCUCUCUGUCCUCACUGUUCUGGCAAACACUGAUGUCCCAGGCUUACCACCUGGAGGUGGUCUGCAGAGCAAGUAAAUUCAUCUGAAUGCAUGGUGCCAAAAGUUCAUUACAGUACAAGAGGUACUAAAUAACAAAGUGCAGUAAGGAUCAUCUGUGUAGAGAAACUGCUUGUCCUCAAACCUGUUUCCUGUGUGUUGCAGAAGGAACUGUAUCAUCUCCGCCUAUUACGAAAAGAAAGAGGCACACAAUCCUACUACACCUAAUGGGCUUGGUGGUUCUGAGAAGCUCGUCUAGGGUCUGUCGUUUGGGAAACGUCUCUGGAAGACAACCAAUGGCAAAAAAAAACUUUUCAUUAUGUGGCAAUUCAACCAAUCACAAAAGGAAUUUUGUCUCUUAUCCCUCGCGCCAAGUAAAAUCCUGAUGUAACAAGUACAACGCAAUUUGUGAAAGCUAAAACUAUAGAUUUUAUAUUUAUACAAUAUGGGGAACAUUUUAUUUUAUAGGACCUGGCACUUUCAAACACAGAGAUUCUGGCUCAGCAAUAUGAUUCAGUAGUUGACAAACCAUCUGAUAUAUAUUCAUCCAAUAAUAUCUAUAACAAUGUAAAAUUCUAAAAACAUUUAUUUAUGGAUUUCAGGUUGAUGUUUAGUUUUAAGAGUCACCAAACCUCUCUCUCAGUCCUGUGUUUGGUCUGGUUUGCAUGACCUGUACUGUGCUGAUUACUUACCUUGAUGUCAUUAGAUUUAACAUGUUACAGUGAUAUGACAUAUGACCAAGACAAACCCAAGAAUGGUCAGUAGAUCCAUGAACUUGUUAAUAUAUUAUCAAAUGUGAUUUAAAUGAGUAUGUGCUUUACUUACAUACUGUUUAGACAUUACAUGUUCUGACUGUUUUCAGACAGAAUAAAGAUAAUGUGACUAAGAACUUGUUUAGGAUUUACCAGAGAGCACCACAACAUCCAGUUACAACCACUUAUUUAUUAUGACUUUUUUUUUUAAUAGUUAAUGUGAUUAACUGAUAUGCAAGACCAUUAAAUGUUUUCAUGUAAUAAAUGAUUACUGACAUACGGUAAAUCACA